UUACUCAAAAUUCAAACUUUCAACAUCGGCAACAAAGAAAUAGUUUUUUGUUACAACAUUCAGCUUGUCCUUUUUCCGUAAUCAAGCCAAGCGGUCCAUGUGGCUUUUUUAGAAGGAAAACAGGAUAAUACCUAUUGCUGUGUAGUCGCAGGUCAUUUUUCUACCAAUUUUAGAUUCAAUUUCAAUCUAAAAUGUGUGGAGGUCCGUGCGGUUGUUGCCCCGAGUGUGGACCGCCAUGCGGCGGACCCUGCUGCAAGGGCUGCUGCGUCGAGCUCUGCUGUACACCCUGCACCCCGGCCUACCUUCAGUGCUCCUUCUCAUGCUGCGGCCCGUGCUGUGGACCUUGUGGUCCGUGCUGUUAGACACAGGUUGCCAUGAGGACUGGUGUGAGGUCUUGCACGCUGAUUUGCUGUGCACACAGAUCUAGCAAUGAUAGGAUAACGAUAAAAAGCGAAAUAUCAAGGAAAUAUAGGCAACAAAAUAUAAUAA